GCGUCGACGUUCCAAGUGUCGCUUCAGCUUGAGCCUAGCUUCCGAGCUUCCAGUUCCACGGGCCAUGAGGCAGAGGUGGCCGCAUGGCCUCCUUGUGGUGUGUUCCUGCUGGAAGACGGUGGCAGCUGAGGCGACCUCCCAGGUGGUCUUUGACUACCUCUGGCCGAUUCACAUCAGCAAAGUUCCAUUAUCCACUCCUGGCGUGGAGGCCAUGGAGCCCCCGGAGUUUGGACAGGCACUGGCCGAACUCGCACUCAGUGGCUUUGAGGACUACGUCAACAAAACGCUUCCUCUGGAGUUGAAGUUGGAUGCAGACUUCGCCGAAGAGUUCCACGGGGCUGACCACUCCCGAGUGAACUUGGCCUUCCGACGCUGGCAGAGACGAGUCUAUGCCUACGCGAACCGUGACAUAUACCCAGAGUCCCAACUCAGCGCGGAUGUGCUCGAGGGUGGCUGGCAGUCGGAGUUCCUGGCCGGCGGCUGGGCACGGUCCAUGCCUUUGAAGGAGGUGAACUACUCCUGGCCACAGCUUCGCCAGAGCUCCGAGUUUCGUAAGCUGCAGUCCCACAUCUCUGAGCUUGCAAAGCUGUACCUGAAGAGGAGUGGAAGCUCCUUCGGCAACAAGUUCCGAAUCUUCACUUGGGCGGAGGUCUUCCGAAAGGGUGACGCUUUGAGACCUUCGGCGCACACCGACGGCGGCCUCUUCAUGGGCAGGUAUUGGCCUCAGCUGAAGAAGAACUCUCUGAAGUUCAACUUCGAGGAUCCCAGAGGCAUCAACCCGCCUUUCGGCAAGACCCACACCCACUCCAUAGAGGAGGGAGCCAUGUCCAUGUUCCCGAUUUGGGCGUCGCACUUCAUCACUCCAAACAUGAAGUCCAGGACUGCUGUGUGCUACGCCUUCAUCGUUUACCCGGAGGAUGGGAACACCAUGGACUUCGAGGACGACGGCACUGGGAAGUUCAAAAUCGAAAGGGUACCGCUGAAGUGAGAGCAGGGCGUGGUAGGCCAAGAGCCAAGCACGUCUAUGGGCCAUUGGCUUUGGCUUCAAAUGCGCAUCCGAGUCGUG